AUGUCUUUGGCAGUCCCGAAACCUCCGUUUAAAGUCAAAGCUCAAUACUCUUGGUCCGGAGAAACUAAGAAUGAUCUCGGUUUUUUAGAGAAUGAUAUUAUAGAAGUGACUAAAAUCAAAGGAAACUGGUUUUACGGAACUUUGUUAAGAAACUCGAAAAAAUAUGGUUACUUCCCCAUAAAUUAUGUCACAAUCAUUCAAGAAAGGUAUAAUAAUUAUGGGACCCCACCCCCUUCAACAAAAGAGGAACGUAAAUCAAAUUCCUCUCAAAACCAUUUUGCGCAGUCAAGGCUUCCUCCAAUACCUAAUCGGGAGAUCGAUAUCAAGAUGAAACAGUACGAUAGGUUACCAAGUUAUCAGCCUCGCAUGAAGGCUGGUAUUGACGAAUAUCAUAGAGGUUCACCCCAAGGAGUAGAUUCUAGCCUCCCACGUUUAAGAACAAGUGAAAAACAAAAUGUCUCUAAUAAUUUUCAACUGCCUCAGUCAUAUUCGACGUCCAAUAUUCCUUCGAUGGGAACCAGACCUCAUACUAGCCCACGUUAUUCUCGGCCUACGCAGGGAGGCUCGAAUAAAUUAUCCAAAGCAGUUUCCAGUGGUAACAGCAGUCAUCUUAAAAAUGAUGCACUACCUCCAUUACCUCCAAUACCAUCCUUAGAUGUACGUGCCAGACAUAAAGCUUCGUUGCCAAAAUCUUUCUCUUCUAACGAUUUACCUAAUCCCUCCGUGUCUCCAAUAGAACCUGAUACAAGAAAGUCAUAUUAUAGAUCAAGCGCAGAUUUUUAUGAUCAUUACGGACUACAAACAAAUUCAGAUGAUCCUUCUAGUGUGUUCUCACAUUCUCAAUACUUGGAUGAUUCAGUAGCUAGCAGCGAAGAUAGUUUUGCUUUGAUGAGCGACUUCAGCGCCACAAGUGCCGGGAGUCUAGCAAGACAUCGGUUUGCACGCUCCUUCAAUGAUUCACUGGAGAAAUCUCGCAUCGGUGAAGAUGAAGGGGAGGUCAAUCGAAAGGGGUUAGCUAGUUCUUCAAAAUUUGGCGGAAUGUUCAAAAAGAUUUUGGCCAGAAACACUGAUUCAUCGCCUUCUACUCCAACAGAUGAUUAUCCUAGGCUACCCAACUUGGCUUCGCUUCAGUUGAGCUCAUCAAAUAAUGAAGCACAUGGUUGGGUUGAAGCGAAAGCGCAGUUACAUCGUGCUCAAACGCUCAGCAGUAGAGAGAGACAUGAGAGACAGAUGAGAGCUUUGGAAGAAAAUAGAGACAUUGUUUUACAUCCGCAAGAAUAUAUUAAUGAGGAUAUUAACACGAACGAAGUGAGACACGGACGUAAGCCUGGUCUCGUUGAUAUUGAGCUAAGUUCCAUUGACUACGAGUUUAUAAACGAGAUGACAAAAAAAAGGGCUCGCAAAGGUGGUAUGCAUUCUAUCGAAUCUUUUACUAGACAGGUAUUUUCAUCGGCCUAUAAGUCGCACAUUCAAAAACUCUGUGGCGUUUUUAUGUUUUGCACGGAAACCUUCAAGCUAAUUGAUGACAAUGGCAAAACCAAUUUCGGUGCUGAGCCUGUUAAACUUGAUAAAAUACUCCAUAAAUCAUAUUGUACACCUUACGAAUUAACGUGGAUUUUUAAGAGAAUGUCUAAUGCUUUGGGUAUUCAUUGUGAGAUAGUAAUCGGAUUCCUAAAAACACCUGGUGCGAAUAAUUUAGAAUUCAAAUUCAAUCAUUGUUGGCUUAGAAUUCUUGUCAAUGAGGAAUGGCGUUUUGUCGAUGUCAUUUUAGGUAAUAUCACAAAUCCUAUUCAUGAGUACAUUAAUAACAGGACACCUGAUAAAGCUGAACAUUUUUAUUUUUUAGCGCCACCAUUGCAACUAAUAUACACACACAUACCACGGCUGUAUCAGGAACAACAUAUUAUUCCGGUGAUUGACCAAAAUAUUGCCCUAUGCCUUCCUGUCGUCUUUCCAUCAUUCUUUAAGAAUGAAUUAAAAUUGUUCAGAUUUAGCAAUGGUUUGUUAAAAAUGCUAGACACUCAAAUUUUCGAGUGCUCUCUUUUAAUUCCUAAUGAUGUUGAGCUUUUUUCCGCUGUCGUGGUGGAAGGUAAGGACUGUGAUAAGUAUAAGGGUCUGGACCUUUCGCUCGUUCAAAUUAGGCAUCGAAAGAAAGAACGGAUCGCAAUAAUCAAGGCUGUCUUGCCAGUUGGGGCAUCCAAAGGGAUGCUCCACAUUCAUUCUGGUGUAAGAGGUGCACAAACUACAGUGGCUAACAUUCAUCCACUAUCAUUGAUAAUUCCAUUGGAGCAUAGUGGCUUAGAGAAAGACUAUGAAUUUGUUGUCAGAACUCCUUCCAAGACGGUUCAAAAGAUUGAGAUGUACAUUAAGAAACCUCAAAACAAAUAUUUGGUUUCAGGUCAUGAAUAUACCUUCCAAGUAAUCCAAAGUCCCUGUGAUGGCGUUGUUUACGGAUCGGGAGGCUUUGGCAAGUCUUUUAGACAGGAGCUUGCGCUACAAUCUCCCUCAGGGAAGAUUUAUUUACUAAAGAAAAAUGAUCCUAAUUUUGAUUUUGGCACAUGGGAAAGCACUUUGACACUUAACGAGCCAGGUUUGUGGAUUGGCCUUGUCACUUCGGACACUGGUGCUGGGUGGUGUUCAUAUGCAAAAUGGUGGUGCAUAUGA